AUGAAGAAAAUAAGAAAAUUGUUGGAGGUGCUCUCUUUACUGAUAACUGUUCAUGCGAACCAAAACGACUGCCCCGACAAAAUCUUUUCCGUAACCGACCAGUGGAAGGAUGGAUUUCGCGGUUCAAUCUGUUUCAAACCUCCUGCUGAUUACACGAAUCCGGAGCCAUGGAAUAUUACCAUUCAGUUCGACACUCCUAUUGAAAAUUUCAACGCGCAACAAGCGCUCUUAAAAGUCAAAAACGUUACUCAAGAUAAUUCCACGUUUGUUGUCGAAUGUUUCCCGCAAGACUGCAAAUUGGAAAAUGGGAAGCCGGCGAAAUUUGGCUUCAUGGGCAUGUUCACGGAAGAUAUGUACGACGAGGAAAAUGAAAUACAGCUUCCAAAGGGAGGGUUGAAUUUUUCCGACGGAGGAACAGAAGUAAUCUGGUUGCUCGGGACAAAUGUGACUCAAGUAAUCCACGACUCUUCCAUUACUACAACUAAAGCGCCAAUAACGGCAUCAACUCUCAAUCCUGGUGAUCCGACGGAGGUGCCGACGAUUUAUGACAUGGAUGGGGGAACAAUAGAGCCGAUUACUGAAGAACCAGAGUUGCCUCAUGACUGGGUUCAGCCAGAGCCAGAGUGGGCCAAGUUCAAGCUGCCUUUUAGUAGCCCACAUGCAAGCAAAAUUGCUCAACUUGAAAUCAACUACCCCGAUGCUUUGAAAAAAUCAAUUCUCUUCUACGAAGCCCAGCGCUCUGGAAUUCUUCCAGAGAGCAACCGCAUUCCCUGGCGGCACGACUCCUUUCUUCUCGAUCUUGGCCCAAUGAAAGAAAAACUUCACGGUGGCUACUUCGAUGCAGGGGAUCACAUGAAAUUCACGUUUCCAAUGGCGUUUUCUAUGACAAUGCUUUCUUGGGGGCUUUUGCAGUACUGGGAGACGUACGAAUCGAUUGGAGAGCUGGAAAACGCAGUAGACCAAAUCAAAUGGGGCGUCGACUGGUUGGUCAAGGCAAAUGCUCGCGAAAACGUGUUGUUUGUCGUCGUUGGGGAUCCAAAAAAGGACCAUGAUUACUGGGGACGAGCAGAGAACUUCACUGACUUUCGUGCCGGACAAAUGGUAACUGAAGGGUCGCCUGGGUCAGACGUCGCGGCAGAAGUGGCGGCGGCGAUGGCAGCAGCUUCACUCGUGUUGACAAAGUGGGGGGAUGAGUCAAUUUUUCCUAAACAGUUACAAGCAAGGGCAGAAAUGCUUAUUGACUUUGCGGCCUCGCACAGAAGGAUGUAUCACCAGUCGGUCCCUGUACUGGCGAAACACUACAAGAGCAGUGGAUACAAGGACGAGCUGGUCUGGGGAGCCGCUUGGGUCUACCGAGCCACUGGGAAGCAAACGUAUUUUGAUCUGGCUAAAGACUGGUACAAUGAAUACGGAAUGGCAAAAGCACCACUGGGAAUGCGAUUCAGCUGGGAUGACAAAACUAUCGGAGCACAAGUCAUGAUGGCGCAAAUUACUGAUGAUCUAGGGCUGAAGGCAAAAUACCAGUUGCACGCGGAGAGCUACUGCAACGACAUUCAAAAGCGCUCCAAAGCUCUUUAUACACCUGGCGGGCUCGUGUAUCUCGACGAGUGGGGCCCAAUCCGUUAUGCAAUGAACGCCGCUUUCGCCUGCCUACUUGUCUCCGAUCAAACGGAAGAUGUGUACUUAGCACGACGUCUUCAUAAAUGGUCCCAAUCGCAAGUCGACUACGUUCUUGGUGCAAAACUGAAUGGUUUCUCCUUCAUGGUCGGAUUUGGAAAGAAAUAUCCAUUGCGACCGCAUCAUCGAGGGUCUUCUUGUCCGACGAAUAUCACCGAAGUCUGCAACUACAACUUUGCGAUGACGGACGAGAGAAAUCCGAUCAUCAUUUGGGGAGCAGUUGUCGGCGGCCCGGAUAGACACGAUGGGUACAAAGAGCUCGUCGGCCAAUUCCCCUUGGAAUUCACAAUUUGGAACAUCGACACCAGCGAAUAUGUUUUUGAAGAUUCGAAGGAAAAAAUAAGGGACUUUUUGAACACUUUCCGGAACGAUCUUUUUCCACAUGAUCAUCAUUCAGUAUCAGAAGAUAGUCUCUACGGAAGGACCAUUCUUCCCUGUGGAAAAGAUGCUUCAAAUGUCACAUUUUUCGAACGAAUAUUUCUCAACAAAGACUUUCUCUCUAGUGGACCUAAUUCUCCGAAUUCACACAUUCCGACAUUCGAUGAGCCACAUUUCAAUCUAGGCCCGGUUAACCAAACAUGGUGUUACGAUCGUUCUUCUUCCGAUUGCAUUUCGUGGACAUUAUCAGAAAAAAUAUUGAAAAAACAACCUGGGUCGAUGAGAGAAAUCAUCAAGAAAAACCUAAUCGGGAGGCAAAAUCACCAACCAGUUUUUCGCCAGUCAGAAGCCUUGGACCAAGUUGCUUAUUCACUCGGACUCGGGAAUGUCCAAAAAUGCUCGCACAAAUUGAGCAUCAAUGUCACCCGAGAGGUCAACGAGACCGCUUGGAACGAAGACAUGGAUCACUAUCUCAUGAACCGAAAAGAAAACACGCUCUUUUACCACAAGGACUCAGUUGAAAUUCCGAAACAAGAGCCCUUCCUCUGCCAGGACGACGAUUCUUGCAUCGACAAUAUCAAAUUGGCCAAAACAAGAUGCCUGACGAACGAGUCUUACGGCCCGAUGGAGAUUCGAAAAGACUUUUGCGAAGAAAAACUGAACCACACUUUCGAAUGCAAAGAAACGCUGACAAAUCCGGAUUACGGAUAUACAAGCUUUGACAGUUUUCAUAUGGCGUUUUUGACAUCGUUUCGAUUGGUGGCGCUUGAUGCCUGGAAUAGGCUGUAUUAUUUAACGCUGCAUACAUCUGGUCAAGGAUAUGUUUUCUUCUACAUCGGAUUGGUGUUUCUCGGGUCUUAUUAUCUUAUCAACUUGAUCUUGGCGGUCGUUUACAUGGCUUACGAAGAAGAAGUCGCAGCAGUUGAGGAAGAGAUUCAGCAAAUGGAGGCGGAAGAGGCAGAAAGACGCGUUCGACAAUCGGUGAUGCAGAGAACUUCUGAUAUGUCAGCAGAUUCGAGGAGCGAUGCAGACAAAAAGGACUCUUUUCUCAACCCUAUUCCUGAGCUGAAAAUUGACACGUGCGCCGAUGCAACCCCUAAAUCUCUCCACAAACUUCCACUUGUAAAAACGCUCUCAAACAAUUCCAACGCUUCUGGAUUCUCCGGUCUCUCGGGCCGCUUUAAUCUGAGAACUCCGAAGCUCUCCCCUGGCAAUCGACUCGAUGUUUCUAACAAUUCCUCUAUCAGGCUCAAGCUGAAUUCCAGCUCUGGCUCCAGUACGAGGGAAGUGAACUCGAUCGUUUCUGAUUGCGAUUUAAAUGAAACUGGAUCAGAAGUAAAAACGCUGGAUAGAUGGAAUUUGCUUCGAUUGAAAACGCCCGAUCUUGGUAAAUUAGAUCAUUUUUAA